UUUCUAUUCGUCAAUAUUUUUCUUUAAAUUUAGUUGUUACCAUGUGUAUUAUUAAAUGUGCGUGUUGCACUGGGAACUACAACUCCCAGCAUUGAAAGACAAACGUCAUCAGUUCCGAAAUAGAGUCAACCACGUGACCUACACAAAACACCGCACAUGUAAACACGGCAGCUUUCUUGCUUUUAGAAUCAAUAUUUACUUAAGAUUUUCUACUGUCAACCCAUUGUAAAGAAAACAGAAAUGCAGGUCGAAACAGCACGACCUUAUUUUUUCGGUGACAUCGGUUUCUGGGCAGAGAGGACGGAGGUGCAUAAGGCUGCGUAUCAGGGUCAGGUGUCUGUGCUGCAAGGUUUGAUCCAGAAUGGAGCUUCAGUGAAUAUUGUGGCUGUAGACUCCAUCACACCCCUCCACGAGGCUGCCACACGGGGACAGACGCAGUGUGUGAGACUCCUGCUGGACGCGGGGGCACAGGUGGACGCAAGGAACGUGGACGGCAGCACCCCGCUGUGUGAGGCGUGCUCUAUUGGGAACUUUGAGUGUGUGAGUCUCCUUUUAGAUUAUGGAGCAAAAGUCAACCCCGCUCUUACUUCCCGGACCACCUCACCUUUACACGAGGCCUGUAUGGGAGGUAAUGAAGAUUGUGUGAAGUUGGUGAUCUCUAAAGGAGCAAGUCUUGAGGCGUAUGAUCUGUACUAUGGUACGCCACUACAUGUGGCAUGUGCCAACCAUCACCUUGACUGUGUCAAGGUGCUACUGAAUGCAGGUGCGCAAGUGAACACCACGAGGUUGCAUGAUACGGCCCUGCAUCAUGCUGCUAAGGCCAAUAGCCUGGAGAUGAUCGAGGUGCUUGUGGAGUUUGGGGCUAACAUUUAUGCCCGAGACAAACACGAUAAGAAGCCAGUCAACUAUACAAAGCUGGAUACACCCGCAGCACGCUGUCUUCAGUAUUGUGAAUGCAACCCAUUGUCUCUGCAGCAGCUCAGCCGUAUCGCAUUGAGGACGGUGCUGGGUACGAGAGCCGCGGACGUGGUCACCAAACUGGAUAUUCCAAACCGGAUUAUCAGUUAUCUCUUAUACCACUGAAUUCCCUCCCUAAAAUACGGACAUCUAGAAGACGUCAUUACCUCAAAUGCACACAAACUCAACUAUAACAAGUAUUAGUUAGUUUAUUAUCAGCAUUAAAGCUGAAGUGUGACUUUUUUUCAAUGUUAAACCUGUAAUUUAUCUUACCAAAGCUGUGCAUGAGCCAAUAGGUUGAGAUUUAAGCAUGGGUGGAUCUACCUGUUAGAUGGCAAAUAUGUGCAAUGUGGUCCGGGCAGCAUUUUUAAAUAUUACACACAUACAGUCCUGUAAGUAAUACAAGCACAGUAGACUAAAUAGUGAGCAUUACAUGUCAUGCAUUUGACGGAUCUCUUUUAUAGCACUUCUGGAAUAUGUUGUCUUAAUGCAUCGUAACAAAGAUGAAUAUAAAAAGCACUUAAGAUGAUGAAAAGGCAUUCGACUGAUCUGUUAUAAUAAAUCUUAAAUCAAAUUUAUUAUAACAGUGGCUAAACUAAGAAGUGAUAUUUGAUCGAUUCAUGAGACUUCACCGAAUGCACAGAUGAAUUGUACACAAUAAGACCAGACUCGGAUGCAAAACCCACUUCUUUGUGUCUGACAUGGUUUUUUUUUGUAAAUAAGACUAAAACCGGUAUUUCUGAAUGACCUGAGGCCGGGAUUAAGCGGAUUUAAAGUGAAAACAUUCGAUGAACGUCUAAUACGUGCCGAGAGCAUUCGGUUAAAAGCAUGACCUAGUUUUUGACAGGUUGCAUUUAAAGGCUUUUGUAUUUGAGCUCCUCGUAUAUCAAGAAAUGAAAUAAUUUGAUUUAAAUAUGCUUUGCUGUUUUCUCAGCGAGAGGAGGAAAAUGGUAAUCAAUCAUGCAAAAAGUGUUUUAUGCCGCUAUGCUUUCUUCGUGCCAAAAUAUGUUUCCAAAUAUUAUUUUUCCACAAGCCGUUCCGUCAAACUUAUUUAAGAGUUUGACCCCAAUGCACCCAAUCCCUCCGCAUGCCAUUUUACCUCCAUCAGCAUCUUAUUAAGUACAAGAAGGACUAUAUAUAGCAAGGCCACUCAGAAAUAGUACGCAGUGCUUUUGUGAUUUGGAGAAAUGAGUUCCUUUUCCUGUACACUUAUCGGGAGCCCAUUAGGGAGAGAGGGCAGGAAUGUUGUUAUUAAAGCCCGAACACUGUUUUAAAAUGAAGCAUAGUGAGACAGGACAGCUGCUAUUAAAAGAAUGCUGCAUAUCUUUUUAUCCAACCCUCCAUAGCCUUUAAAGGAUUGGAUUGUUUUCAAUCUUUUCCCGGUCUUAAUAUUGUUCAAACCUACUUCUGGAAUGCCGGGAUGUUUUGUGCCAAACGUUGCCCGGAUUGUUGCUGAUUUUGGUUGAUUUCACACUAGUUAAGUCAGGAAUUAUUAGGGUGCUAUGAAGUCUUGAGGUUUUUGUGACGUUCGUCCAUUUUAUUGGUUUGAAUCUUGCAAAAAAAUCCUUAAAACAUAUAAAAGCAUGCAUUAGAUUAAAACUGUCCCUGCAUCCCACUUCGCAUACUAUCAGUGCUAAAAAGUAGUCGAUUUAUUAUGUACCCUUUCAAUGCACUAAGAUGUCUAUAUACUUAUAACAGAAACAAAACAUAGUUUUAGGGCAUAGUAUAAGUAGGCAAAUUGGGGUGCAGGCUGAUCUGUGUUAAAGGGAUAAUUCACCCAAAAAUUUAAAUUCAUUUUCUCAUCCUUAUGUUGUUGUAAAACUGUACUAGGAAAAACAAAUAUGAUGGAUUUUAAUGGGUACCGUUGGCUGUGUGCUUACCAUCGUUUAUUAAAACAUCAUCUUUUGUGUUCAACAGAAAAAAGAAACUCAUACAGGUUUGUAACAACAUGAGGAUGAGAAAACAAUGACAGAAUUUUCAUUUUGGGGUGAACUAUCCCUUUAAGUUUGCUUGUAAUUCUUCAUAUUCACCACUAGGGGGCUCUGCAGGUCGUGCAUUCGAGAGAUUUCUCAAGUUUCUCAGAAGUCAAACUGACCAUGGAUUUAUAAUAAAUAUAAUGCGUGUUGAAUUUGCUUUGCAUGUUUUGUUAUAAAAUCUGCUCG